AUGGGAAAGAUCACCUUCUACGAGGACCGCGGCUUCCAGGGCCGCCGCUACGAGUGCAGCAGCGACCACGCCAACCUGCAGCCCUACAUCAGCCGCUGCAACUCCAUCCGCGUGGACAGCGGCUGCUGGAUGCUCUAUGAGCGCCCCAACUUCCAGGGCCGCCAGCACUUCCUGCGGCGCGGCGACUACUCCGACUACCAGCCGUGGCUGGGCCUCAGCGACUCCGUGCGCUCUUGCCGUCUCAUCCCCCUACACUCCGGCAUUUACAGAAUGAGGAUCUACGAGAGAGAUGACUUUCGAGGACAAAUGUCAGAGGUCACAGAUGAUUGUCUCUCUCUUCAGGACCACUUCCACCUCAGUGAAAUCCACUCCCUCAAAGUGCUGGAGGGCUACUGGGUUCUUUAUGAGACGCCCAACUACAGGGGCCAGCAGUACCUGCUGAGACCAGGAGAGUACAGAAGAUACCUUGACUGGGGCGCUACAAACUCCAGAGUUGGUUCUUUUACACGUGUCAUGGACUGUCACUGA